GGCGUGCUCGUAAUUAUAAAAAUAGAAAAUUUUAUGUUUUGUUUUGAGGUAGGUGCAGGCUAGGUUUUGAAAAAUGUAUAAACGAGACAAAUCAAUUCAAUUUAAGAGUAGUGCAUCUCUGCUUUAUAAUAAUUUGAGCAUCUAUUCGGUUCCUCAAAAGAACAUAAUAAGCUACGCUGUUGUUCACAAAUCAGCUGUAAAUAUUGCAACUUCGUCCAGUGACACAGCUAAUGUUCAUCACCGUGAAGUUUACUGUAAAGACGCCGUUACAAAUGCGUCAACCGCUCUUAUUUUACAAGCUAAAUUUUGUGACUUGCCUUCAAGGAGCCUUCUGGUAAUAUGUUCACAGAAAGGCCUGCAGAUGUUUGAACCUGAUGGGUCAGCAAUGGUAUUUUGGCAUGCCCUAGCCAGUGGAGAAACCAAAGAAGGGGCCGUGUUUACAAGAGGAAUUACAGCUGUUCAUGACAACUAUAUUGCUGUUGGAGCAUCCUCAGGUGUCAUUCUAAUCUUUACGAUUCCAUCACGUGGGACCAACAUCACCCUGCAGGAGAUGGCAACUGCUCACAACUGCAAUAUUUUGGAUUUGGCCAAUGAAGGUAACGUCCUAGCCAGUGCUGAUGAUUCUGGUUGCAUUAUGUUAUGGAAGUCUGGGCCAAACUUUCAACAGCUGCUACGCAUCAAUGGUUCUGGGAUGGCAUGUACCUCCUUGUGUAUGCUGGGUCACUUGGUUAUCGGAGGCUACGGAUCAGGUCAUAUUCGUAUCUACAGCUCAUCUACAGGUGACCUGCAAACUGAGAUAUGUGCACAUGCUAAAUGGAUCAAUGCCAUCGAUGUUGCACCAGACAGUAACUUGCUUCUGACAAGUAGUGAAGAUUCGUUUGUACGUCUAUGGGCCUUGCAAACAGACAGUAAAUAUGUUAAGGUAAAUCAUGAGUUUUCAGAAUCUGUUACAGACCUUCAAAUCUGCGGUGCCCAGUUUCUAAACUCAAGUGGAACUUCUUUCGGUGUCACCGGUUAUGAUUCCAACGAGGUUGUACUAUUUUCUCAGAAAUGCUAAACAAUUUCUAUUGAAACAAGACAACUAUCAAACACCUUGACAAACAUUUUAAAUAUAGAAUAAUUUAUGAUAGCUAUGUAAAAUCCAAGAAAGAUUUUUUUAGAUGUUUUAAUAACAAACUAAAAUGGCAAUAAGGACCAACAAAUGUCAAAAAGUCUCUCUCUAAUUAAAGAUCCCUCCAAUUAGAGACCACAAGUACAUAAAGACCACAUUUCUGCAGCUCUCAAUGAAUGUCCAUAUUAUGUUUUUAUAGAAAUAAUUUUUGUAUUCAAUGACCAAAGGUGGUAAAGACCAUGGAAACGCUGGUCCAAAGGGUUGUAUUUGAUUGAAGGGAGACCUUAUAAGGCCGUAGGAAGCAGUCCGGCUGGUCCAGUUAUUUUCCGGACCAAUAUUAUCACCAAUCUACAAAGAUAGAUAAACAAGCAUACAACAUCUGGACCCUUGUAAGAUCACCCUCAUUUUAACAAUGCACACCAACAGCCAUUCACUAAUAGUUGAAUCGCGACCACCUGAUUCUUGGUGCGCCAUUUAGCUAUACCUUUAAGACCUGGUAGAUCUGUCCAUGGAGGUUUCUGCCUUUAAUAAACUAAGAAUUGACUAAAUAAUUAAAGCUGCUUAUAAGGUAAUUGGCAAAGGUCUACCUACAGCAAGCAAUCACAUGAGACUUCAUUAAAAAAGCUAGUGAUUGUGCAUCUAGAGCGUGGUAUACAAGUUAAUAAUGCCAGAUGGCCGAACUCGACAAGAAAAGUUUGGUUCUUUAUUUCAAACUCUACCAUAUUUCAAAAGAUAAUGUGUAGCAUUGUACCCUGUGUGAUCUUAACACAUGUUUUAAAAUUGCAAAUUUUUUAUAUUAAAUCAUAAAUAAUACAAUAUUAUUGUGAAAAAGGAAAAUUUAAUUUCUUAUCUCAUGCUUAUUAAGAUGCUUAUUCCCCCAUAAAUGAACACAGUGCCAGAUUCUUAAAAUUUUGCAAUAUCCGUCUAAAUAUUAUAUAGUUCAUUGUUAUUCAUAUUGUAUUUUGUAUUAUUUUUAUUAAUGUUUUUGUAAUUUAAGCAUAUUGCACUGUGUUCAUUUAUUCGUGGAGGAAUAAGCUCCUUAAUUUGUCUAGUUAUGGCACUGAUAAGACAGUUUGAACAACUUAUUUUUCCGUUUUCGCAAUAGUAUUGCAUUAUAAACAUAAUUUAAAAUACUUUGGUCAUUAUCUUGAGUCUCCUGUAUAUAGAUAUCACCACCAGUAAAAAUGAAAUAAUAAAUGUAGAUACUGUACUGUA